GUCGCCUUCUCCUUGAAGAAUGUAAAGGCGUGGUCACGCUGGCUCCAUUUGCCGCUCAUCCGUCCUUGCAGUACAUAUUGGCGAUGCGAUGCGACGGGUUCAGAGAGUUCCGUGCGCUCACAACUAUUCCGACGCUUGAGUACGUCAAGCUGUCAAUGUCCGUCGUGGGGCCUGACGACAUGGCCCGCUGCAUGGAGGGUUUCAAAGCUCCAACAGAACUCAUACUCGACGGGAUUCGCUUUUCUCCUGUGCGUGUUGUAGGCGUGGAGGAAUAUCGGCAGUUGCGAACACUCUCGCUCUGUGAGUCGGUCUUGGAGAAUUAUGAAUGGAUUGCAAGAGCAACAUAUUUGGCGAAACUCGACUUGAGUGCAACUCGUGUCAAAGAGGAGGAAUUGGUUGGGCUGUGCAGAUUACUUUUUUGUUUGGAAACGCUUUUACUGUGCUCUUGCAAGUAUCUGAGCACGUCCUUGUCUUUUCUUUUGCCUCUGCAUCAGAUGCGAAGUGUAUCUAUUUCAAAUUUCAGUUUGCUGCGAAAUAAUUGUAUUGCCUUGCUGCGGGAGCGCGGUGUGUUGUGCGAUGUCUCCUAA